AUGGAGCUUGGACCAAUGUAUACCGCUGUCAAAUUACAAGGUUUCCCGGAUGCUGAUAUCCACAAAUCCUACUCAGAUCAAGAUGAAAAUUUCUCUGAGACUUCCUGCCAUAACAGCAAUGGGGAGAUUUACAAAAACACGUGUGGUCAUCCUUGUGUGUAUUGUUCUAAAAUUAAAGACGCUAUUUCUGAGGAUCAUAAUUUCUGUGCCAAAAUAAGUACCGUAUCUGUUGGUACGCAGACUGAGGACGAAACUAAUGAAAAUGAGAAUGUUUGUAGUAAGGUACUCUUCUCAACACCUAAAAAGAAAGAUGCUGAUGUUGCAUUGAACAUCCCAUCAAUCAGCAUAGGUCUUGACGAUUCUGAAUUGAGGGAUCUUUUAGCGUUAGAAGCCUCAUUCAGAGAUGAUUCUGAUUCAACUUUUACUUGUUUAACAGAUUCAGAGUCAGACAGUGACAAGGAGAAAACAGACAGUGAAAGUACUAUUGUAAGUGAAAAGAAGUACAUAGUGUUUGAGUCAACCCUUGAACAAUUAUUUCUUGCCCCAUUGCAAUUGCCCAAUUGA